AGGGAAAGACAUUUUCUGGCAGCAAAAGCAUAACGAUGGAUAACAUCGAAGGAUCUGAGUGGAUGGUGGUGAUAGCCAUGCUCAUACAUCUGUUGAUGGCUCCGGGCACCAAGGUAGAGGAAAGUUUCAAUGUACAAGCCACACAUGAUCUGAUCUACCACACCUAUAACAUCUCAGCUUAUGAUCACAACGAAUUCCCUGGUGUGGUACCGAGGACAUUUGCAGGACCAAUAUAUCUGGCUCUGUUUGGUCUACCCAUGCGUUUCAUCUUUCAUCUUUUGGACACACCGAAAUUUUGGAUGCUUUUUAUUGUGCGUUUUGUCCUCGGAAUGACAAAUGUGCUCGCUUUCCUGAACUUCGCUAGAGCUGUUCGGAAGCAUUUCGGUGCUGAAACAGCCAUGUUUUUGAGGGUCAUCGUUGCAUCGCAAUUCCACAUGCUCUUUUAUGCGUCUCGACCACUUCCAAAUUCAUUUGCAUUCAUUUUAGUGCUUGUGGUAUUUCAACGAUGUCUCGAAAAUCGGUACGAAAGCGCUGUUCGAUGGGCUACUACUGCUGUCGUACUAUUCAGAUGUGAGUUGGUGCUACUAUUUGCUCCGAUAUUCAUGCCAGUUAUUCUGAGUGGGCGACUGCCACUGUUUGGAUGGGACGGAGCACUUCUCAUCGGUGCGAGAACAGCAAUUCAGGUUCUAGCCGUGACUAUUCCCAUUGAUUCCCUGUUUUGGGGUCGACCUAUCUAUCCUGAGUUUGAGGUUGCAGUCUUCAAUCUUUUGAAAAAUAGAAGCCAUGAAUAUGGGGUGUCACCAUUCUUAUGGUACUUCUACUCUUGUUUGCCUCGCGCUCUGGCAGCUAGUCUCCCGCUCGCUGUUCUUGGAGUAUUUCUGGAUCGAAGGCUUCGGAAAUACAUAUCGAUUGCUCUCAUAUUCAUUUCAUCGUAUAGCUUGCUACCUCACAAAGAACUCAGGUUUAUCAUGUAUUCAUUCCCGUUGAUCAAUCUCUCAGCUGCUGUGUUUUGUGCCAGAAUGUACGUAAAUCGCCAUAAAUCCUUUGCUCGCCGAGCUCUGUACUACGGAUGUUGCUUACACCUUAUAGCCAAUCUUCUGGCUACAGCUGCUUUCCUUUAUGCUGGAGCAAGAAAUUAUCCCGGCGGAGAUGCGAUCGCUCACCUACAGUGGACACAAAGAGUGGAUGCCAACAAACCGAUGUCUGUCUACAUCGACAACGCUUGUGCACAGACUGGUGUCAGCAGAUUUAUGCAGCUGUACGAUGCUUGGGAGUACAACAAGACCGAGACUCUGCGCCCGAAUGACUUGGAGAGAUUUGAUUUUCUGAUGAUUGGCACAUACUCUGGGAACCUCAAGGAUAUUGUCAUGACAAACUACAGCACUCAUCAUAGAGUGAUGUUUGCUGUUCCAGCUUUUCAUCGAUUUACUAUAAAGAAAUCAUCUUCUUUCCCGUUCUAUCAUCCGGAAAUGGUUUUCAAAGAGAAAGUAGCUGUGUUGAGGAGAAAAUGAGGUUUAUAAUAGGUUGACACAUGAGUUUUGCACCUAAUUUUGUAUCUUUUCCCUUUUUGAUUGUGACAUGUUCAUUCAUGGGCAUAAUGUAGAAUAUGUA